CAUAGAUUGACAAUUUAGUAUGGACUAUUCACGAUUAGAUAAACCUGUAUAACUGUUACACUAGCAUAAUAGGUACUUACUCUAAAUAAACUAAAAGGAUUUGGAUUAAAGUUAACCAGUGUAUUCAAAUAAUUAAGAAAGAUGGAAAGGAUCCCAGAGCAAAUGGGUUAUUUGAUCAUGACGAUGGACGGGGCUGUGAUUUCCUCCGGUGGUGAUUUAGAGAAUAAUGAAAAAAUUGCUGACAUCAUAUCGAAAACAAUUAGCACAAGUAAAAGCUUAUACGUGCCCGAUGAACAAUUCCAGAACAUGUCAAUUUUGUUUCAACAUUAUCAUUAUUCUGUUUGUGUGUCAAAUAAGAAAAUCCACGUUUCCAAAAUUAGACAUGAUCCCAAUGCAUUAGAAAAUGAUGAAGUCAGAGUGGUUACCGAAGGUUCUUGAUUGGAAAAACUAGUAUUAUUUUUAUAUUUUAAAGUACAUGAUACAAAUAUCUAGGGUAUGUGAUUACUAUUAUAUAAGUACUACCAUUUGAUAUACAAAGUUAAUAAUUUUUCAAAUGUAUUAAAUUUAUUAUAAUAUUUA